AUGUUGCCUCCAGAGAUGGGUCGAGCAGCCUCGCAGUCCUCGAGUGCUGCCUCUCAGUCCACUCAGAUAGUACCACCGCAUAGCCGUCCUGGAACUGCGGAUCCCAUGAGGGCUCGUUCCGAACAUGUAAUCUCGCGGAAUAGUCGUCGUCCGAGAUCCAGAGGCUCCACUGCCAGUAUCCAUUCCCAGCAGACCCAGGACCAAAAUGUUACCGACGGAUUCGCGCAAUUCCUCCCGACUCAACAGGCCACGGGUCACAAUGUUUUUGGCAACAACCCAGAAGAUAUUAUUAUGCGUUUUGGUCCCAACCUGUCGCAUCCCGUGCAUGGUACUUCGUUGGACCCGACCUUGCCGGACGCACACCAUCCCGUCAUGCCCCGAGCAGAAGAUUUUUCACACCAUGCACUACAGACUCACGCCAUUUCUCAGCAAGCGAUGCCGCCGGAACUGGCAGGGCACGGGUUAUCCGGUGUGUCCAUGUCCCAGUACCAAUCCCUGUAUGACAAUGGCAUUGAAAAUCAUGUACCGGAGCAUAUGUUGGAGGAUAAUGACAACUCAGAGGCUGGUGGCGGAAAGAAGAAAAAGGGAUCGAGUUCAUCAUUAGCGAACGACAACGAAUUGCGCAAAUUGUUGCGCCAGUACGAAGGUUACUCGCUGAAGCAAAUGGCAGCAGAGGUUUUGAAACACGAAGGUGCCGGAGGCAAAGCCGAGAAGGUCAAACAGGUCUUUGCCAUGAUCUGGUUGAGGGAGAACUGCAGAAAGAGUAGCGGCUCUGUUCGACGGGACCGCGUGUACUGCUGCUACGCUGAGAAGUGUGGAACCGAGCGUGUCUCGGUUCUAAACCCAGCUUCCUUUGGGAAGCUUGUGCGCAUCAUAUUCCCCAACGUGCAAACACGUCGACUUGGUGUCCGCGGGGAAUCCAAAUAUCAUUAUGUUGACUUGACUGUCAUAGAGGAGAAGCAACAGAAACCUCAAUCUUUGGGCUCUCAGCUUUCAUCAAAUGCCAGUGUUCCACCAGAAAACAGGGCUGAAGAUGCGCUAUCGAAGGGGUACGUUGGAAAACAUGACAAGCAUAAUGACCAUUAUCGGCGAUCUGACAAGGGCAAUAGUGCUGGCGCAGUACCACCACCCCCGGCUGACACGGCCGUGUUUCCAUCACCAACAGCCUCGUUCGCUCCUCGCAUGUCGGCUAGUUUGCCGACUGUAGGCUGUGACUGCCAUUCUGCUUCUCGUGGCGACCUGGAGCCGCCAAUGACCCUCGAGAAUGUCGGUAGCCACGCCGGGAAAAUGAUUCAUCACAUGCUUCGAUUUCCUUCUGCAGACACCUACUGUGUCGACAAUGAUUCUCUCCAGCUCCCUGAUAUCCAUCCAUACCUUCCUCCCAACGCCGACUUGAAGGUAGCUGCAGCUCUUGCGGCCUUAUACCGGUCUCAUUGCAUAUCAGUCAUCGACAGUUUUAGAUAUUGCAAAGAGCGUAACCUCCUACGAUAUUUCUCCGCUUUCCAUGGAACCCUGACAGUCCCGGUGCAAAAACUUCUCACGCACCUUGAUAUUGCCCCGUGGAUCAAAGAGUGUGACUGGCUCAUGUACCAGAAAAUGAUUGCAUUCGUGGCACCGCUGACCACGCAGGUCGUGCCUAAGCUAGUGUUGGAUGCUUUCAGCUCGAUAUCGCAGCGCCUCACCGCCCACAUUACCGAAACCUUUAAGUCCCAGCCCGCACAUGUUUCUCUCGCACGUUUAAUCCCGGCAAACAUCUUCUGUAGUCUUCUUCGACACAUGCUUGAUGUGAACCAGUCUGCCAAUGCCGCCGCUGCCUGGCUCUGCCACCCCGACAACAGGAAUCAGAUGUGGUUCGAUUUCAAAACCUUGAUUGACCCUAAGGAAAUGAUUUCGAAAGCAAAUAUUCCGAGAUGCGCUGAGCGGGUGACCGAACAGAUUCUGAAGCACGACAUCCGGGCACUACUUACACCCGUAAGCGACCCUAGUGUCGCUCCUUGCCAGCCUUUCUUCGGAACCCCAGAUACCGAAGAUGACAUCCAGGCGCAUAAGUACCCUGUGCAGUCCUCAACAGGUGAUGACUAUAACUUCCCUGACAAAUGGGUAUCAUUCAUCCUCAAUCUAGCACUAAUGUUCCCCAAUCACCGUACACAGUGUGUUAUAGAAAAGGCCGACGCAUUAUGGGACUGUGUCCUUCGUCGUUUAACAUUGGGCGGUGCCCAGAGCUUCAGUGCUUGGUGGAUGACAAAGGUUUUCUUUCACGAGAUGAUGGUUUGGCAAACGGAGCAAGGUGGUUUCAUGCGCUCGUCACCAAGUACAUUGCAGAAUGCAACCCUCAGGACAGAAUCAUCAGAGAUGAACAAUUUCGCUAUGAGACAGCCCAGCUUUGCCAUUAGCGACAAGAAUGAUACAGUGAUGGCGACUGAAUCCCAGCAGGACCGUCAGUCGGUCUCUCGGGCACCUUCCACGGCAGCAACCAGUGAAGCGCCCCAAAAUCAGGAGCAAUGCUUGAAUGGACGCCGCAUGGAAACCGAAUCGAACCAAAGUAAUUUGGAUAAUCCCAAGCCCACCACUGUCGCUGAGAACAUUGCGAAUUUUCAUGCCGGAAACAAUGAUGACAGCGCAAUAGACCUUGAUGAUGACUCCAUGCUGAUGUCCGUGGGGAAAUAUGGUGACAUGAUGGCCUCUGAUCCAGCAGACGCUGAAGGAGAUGUCGUUGUCAUAUGA